AUGAGGUUCAAGAUGGGAAGCGUCCUGUUCUCUCUUCUUUUCUGGUACAAAGCUGGACUGGCCCUCUCCACAGGAGAAGAUGAGAGACUGGAGCUGUGGCACAGCAAGGCUUGCAAAUGUGAUUGCCAAGGAGGUCCUACCUUGGGGUGGUCCAGCAGGACUAACAGCUUAGAAUGCAUGCCAGAGUGCCCCUACCACAAGCCCCUGGGCUUUGAGUCUGGUGCUGUCACACCUGACCAGAUAAGCUGCUCCAACCCCGAGCAGUACACGGGCUGGUACUCCUCCUGGACACCCAGCAAGGCCCGACUCAAUGGCCAAGGCUUUGGGUGUGCGUGGCUCUCCAAGUACCAGGACAACGGGCAGUGGCUGCAGAUUGACCUGAAGGAGGUGAAGGUGAUCUCAGGGAUCCUCACACAAGGGCGCUGUGAUGCUGAUGAGUGGAUGACCAAGUACAGUGUGCAGUACCGCACUGAUGAAAACCUCAACUGGGUGUACUACAAGGACCAGACUGGAAACAACCGGGUUUUCUAUGGCAACUCGGACCGCUCCUCCUCGGUGCAGAACCUGCUGCGUCCGCCCAUCGUGGCCCGGUUCAUCCGCCUCAUCCCGCUGGGCUGGCACGUGCGCAUCGCCAUCCGCAUGGAGCUCCUCGAGUGCCUGGGCAAGUGCGGCUGA